AUAAUUUAUAAGUAUAUAAACAAAUUUAUAAAAUUUGUAAAUUCAAUUCCAGCAUUAAAAAUUUAUUUAUAUUCAAUAAUAGCAUUAUGUUAUGAAGGUAAAAUGGCUAAUUCAAUUAUGUUAAGUUAUUCAUAUUAUUUAUCAAUUUGUAUAGUUCAAUUAUUAUUAAAAAAACAUGCUAAAUUCUUUUUUGGAGCAUAUUUUAGAAAAAAUAUAAAUAAAUUAACUUUACAAGGAUUUUUAUGUAGAGAAUUAAAAAAUAAUUAUUUACCUUUUUUAUUAGGUGAAUUGGAAUUAGAAGAAAGAAAAAAUAAAUAUAAAAGAAAAAGUAUUGACCCAAUUAAGAUUAUAUAUACUUAUAUUAAAAAAUUUAUAAGUAAAAGUGUAAAAUUAAUAAUUUUAAAUAUAAAAUUUAAUAAUAAGUAA